AUGGCGCCGCACGCUGCCGCAUGGACAGCAGCCACUGUCGUUGCGGUGCUACUGUGCUACAGCGCUACGGGAGUCUGUGGCUACGAUUUCGUGCCCAUCACCUCCCUCUUCUACGUCCCCGCUGCUACGGGGACGCGAUUUAAAGACGCGAGUAUGUGUCUGGAGCGGGGCGGGUACCUCGCGACGGAGGCGACCGCGGUGCUGCACGAAGCCGAUGUUCAGGCUCUCGAGUCGGAGGGGUUCACCACGUACUACGCCUUCCUUGGCGGUGGUAUUGUGCAGCCGUGGCACAUGGAGAGCUAUGAGGCCGGCUUCUGCCCGUUUGCGCUCAAGGAUCCCGAUAUCUGGAUCGACACGCCAUACAGUCAAACGAGUGGCGACAACAACAACUGCUACUGGCGGUGGUCCGUAGGUCGCUGGAUGGAGAUGCCGUCCAGGUCGAGUCUGCCCUACGACGUAGAGAAGACUGGGAUCAUCUUCUACCGGGGCCAGAGCACUUUAGGCUACGAUCGCCAGGUCAACGGCUUCCCUCUCUUCUUCCCAUUUAACCCGCCCAUGUACCACCCUAAUAUGCAGCUGGGCCACCACCUCGUUCUCUACCGCGGCGGCCAGCACACGACCGAAGCGGUGUGGGGAGACACCUACGCCCGCGGCGGCUUCACGUACGGGGACAACUUUGCGGAUGAUCCACAGUUGGUGGCGGCGACGCUGAAGGACUGGAAAAUUGUGUGCCAAGCUCAAGGGCCCCUCCGCCUUAACUACGAGACGUCCAGCGCCUCCACCCAUCUGCAGGAGCGGUGGUGGGUCAUUCACUUUCUGAUCCUUUUUGUGCUGUGCCUCAUCACCGUCCUCGUGGUCGUGCUCUGCCAGGAGCGGGAGGACAUGGACGAGCCUCCAGAGGAUGCGCCGGAGUGGACGGAGAAGGAGGCGGGACGUCGGACCGUGUCGCAUCGGUACGUAAGUCAGCGCUCCUUCCGCACCGACGUCAGCAGCACGGCGAGUGGCAACAGCCUCAACGAGGAUUCCAACUUUAGCAAAGACGAGGACGAUGAAGGCGGCCAGCGUGUACAUCGCUAA